GUCUGGAUUACACCUUUCUUAAACCAUGGCCAAAUGCUGGAGAGCCACCUCGUUAGUGGCUCUAGCACUGCUAUGCUGCUUUUAUGGGACCAAGGUAAAAGCUUGGCGACCGAAUUCCCCUUCUGGACAAAAAUCUCAUCUACAAAGUCAAAGUCCAAACUAUCAACAACUUCCAUGGCACUUUGCUGGAGGUGGUAAUAUGUCAGGCAGCCCUCACUCGAUGCCUUCAACAUCUCAUUAUCCUCCAAAGCAGAAAAACUACCAACCACCGAUGGGUCAACAGACACCAGAGUUCCAGAGGAUGAACUAUGAGGAUGCAUCACAUGUCCCACUCUCACAUUCACCACAACGAGAGAAUCCUCUCCCUGUCUUAUCUUAUAGCCAAUCACAACAGAAUCCUUUCCAUGAUUCUGACGUCCCACAUCCUCCAGUAGAGCUGAAGCCUCCAGUCUAUUUACCACCCGGGCUCCCACACCAUCCAGGACAGCCAAAGCCUCCAGUCUAUUCACCAUCUGGUGUCCCACACUAUCCAGAACAACCGAAGCCUCCAGUCUAUUUACCAUCCGAUGUCCCACAACAUCCAGGACAACAGAAGCCUCCAGUCCAUUUACAAUCCGAUGUCCCACAAUAUCUAGGACAACAGAAGCCUCCAGUCCAUUUACCAUCCGAUGUCCCACAAUAUCUAGGACAACAGAAGCCUCCAGUCCAUUUACCAUCCGAUGUCCCACAAUAUCCAGGACAACAGAAGCCUCAAGUUCAUUUACCAUCCGGUGUCCCACACUAUCCAGGACAACAGAAGCCUUCAGUCCAUUUACCAUCCAAUGUCCCACACUAUCCAGGACAGCAGAAGCCUACAGUCUAUUUACAACCUGGGGUCCCACACCAUCCAGGACAGCAGAAGCCUCCAGUCCAUUUACCAUCCGGUGUUCCACACCAUCCAGGACAACAGAAGCCUCCAGUCAAUUUACCACCUGGGGUACCACACUAUCCAGAACAACAGAAGCCUCAAGUCCAUUUACCAUCCGGUGUCCCACACUAUCCAGGACAGCAGAAGCCUCAAGUCCAUUUACCAUCCGGUGUCCCACACUAUCCAGGACAACAGAAGCCUCAAGUCCAUUUACCAUCCGGUGUCCCACACUAUCCAGGACAACAGAAGCCUCAAGUCCAUUUACCAUCCGGUGUCCCACACUAUCCAGGACAGCAGAAGCCUCCAGUCCAUUUACCAUCCGGUGUCCCACACUAUCCAGGACAGCAGAAGCCUCCAGUCCAUUUACAACAAGUGGGCUAUAAUCCUCCAACACAGCACAAUCAAGUUGUCGCACCACCUAUGGUCCAGUAUCCACAGCAGAAUCCUUCUUUCCCUCCACAAUACCGUCAGCCACACUAUCCAUCACAGAGGACACUUUCAUCCCCUCAACAACACAAUGGUCCAUCUCAGUCAAAGGGCACGGGCUACGCAGUUCCUCGAGGUUUUGCUGAUCAGCCAGCCCAGAACUCUCAACAUGCAGGACAGAAAACCGGGCAACAGCCGUCGCACCCUCACCAACCCAACGUAUGUGACGUAGCCGGCACCCAAAGAGUCCCAUGUGGAAGUCAUGACAUCUCUGCAGCUGGGUGUGAAGCCAUCAGCUGCUGCUACGAUGGCCAACGGUGCUACUUUGGAAAAUCUGUGACCGUCCAGUGCACCAAGGAUGGCCAGUUCAUUGUGGUUGUAGCUAAAGAAAGUACAGUGCCCGUUAUUGACCUGGAGACCAUUUCCCUGAUAGAAGAUGGUCAAGGCUGCACACACGUGGACUCCAACUCCGCUUUUGUCAUCUAUCAGUUUCCUGUGACCAGAUGCGGCACCGUCAUUAUGGAGGACUCGGGUGUCAUCGUGUACGAGAACAGGAUGACCUCCAUGUAUGAAGUGGCCAUGGGGCCUCUGGGCGCUAUAACCCGGGACACCAGCUAUAAUUUGCUGUUCCAGUGUAGAUACACCGGAACAUCUGUUGAGACUUUCAUCGUAGAAGUUCAAGCAAUAGCACAUCCUGUCUCGGUGGCUGCUCCGGGCCCAUUGAACGUGGAGCUAAGGUUGGCCAAUGGACAAUGCCACUCAAAGGGCUGUGUUGAAGAGCAUGUGGUCUAUAGCUCUUUCUACACGGAAGGGGACUAUCCUGUGACCAAAAUCCUGAGGGAUCCUGUGUAUGCGGAGGUUCGACUCAUCGGAAGAACCGAUCCCAACCUCGUCCUCUCCCUCGGUCGCUGUUGGGCCACAACCAGCGCAAACCCUCACAGUGUGCCCCAGUGGGACAUUCUGAUCGACGGGUGUCCGAACAGGGACGAUCGCUACAAGACUUCCCUGGUUCCAGUCGGCUCGGACUCUGGUCUUGAGUUUCUAAGUCACUACAAGCGCUUUAUUUUCCAAAUGUUUACCUUCGUGGACCCCAGCUCUCUCGUACCACAGAGGGAACAUGUCUACAUUCACUGCAGCACGUCUGUGUGCAACGCCGGUGCUGGCUACUCCUGCGAGCCCAUGUGCUUCAGGUUAAAGAGAGACGUGGGUUCUACUCCCCGGCCGAGCGAGGACUCAAAGGUUGUGGUCUCUUCGGGACCUGUGGUCAUGAGCGUCCGAUGAAGAGGACAAAGAAAAGCUUCCAUUGGGGGGGGAAGGUUUAUCAAAGCAUUUGGAACGUGACUAUUAUGUUCGUAGUGGUGCUGAAGGGAAAUGU